AUGGAAAGCGCAAAGGGGAGCUGUGUACUGUCGAAGAUGGCGACGAACGAGAGGCACGGCGAGAACUCGCCCUACUUCGACGGCUGGAAGGCCUACGACGCCUACCCGUUCCACCCCACCGACCGCCCCGACGGCGUCAUUCAAAUGGGUUUAGCCGAGAAUCAGCUUUGCGUUGAUUUGAUUCGAGAUUGGAUCGAGAAGAACCCGCAGGCUUCCAUUUGUACCCCGGAGGGACUUCACAUGUUCAAGGAUGUGGCCCUCUUUCAGGAUUAUCACGGCCUCCCGCGCUUCAGACAGGCGGUUGCGAAGUUCAUGGAGCGAGGGAGGGGGAAUAAGGUGAGGUUCGAUCCUGAGAGGAUCGUGAUGGGCGGCGGCGCGACGGGAGCCAACGAGCUCAUCACCUUCUGCCUCGCUGACGAGGGCGACGCUUUUCUCGUUCCCUCCCCAUAUUACCCAGCGUUCGACCGUGACUUGGGUUGGAGAACCAAGGUCCAGAUAAUCCCGGUCCACUGCAACAGCUCCACCAACUUCCAAAUCACAAGACCCGCCCUCGAAACCGCCUACGACCAAGCCACCCGAACCGGCUCGACCGUCAAGGGUCUGGUCAUCGCCAACCCAUCCAACCCGCUCGGCACGUGCCUCGACCGCACCACCCUCGAGUCCCUCGUCGCCUUCGCCACCGAGAAGCGCAUCCACCUCGUCGCCGACGAGAUCUACGCCGCCACCGUCUUCCACCCAACCACCUCCACCCAAUUCGUCAGCGUGGCCGAGGUUGUCCGCGACAACGCGGCCGACCCGGCCCGCUGCGACCCGGACCUGAUCCACAUCGUCUACAGCCUGUCCAAAGACAUGGGCCUCCCCGGGCUGCGCGCCGGCGUCGUCUACUCCUACAACGACGCCGUAGUGAGGUGCGGGCGCAGGAUGUCGAGCUUCGGGCUGGUGUCGUCCCAGACGCAGCACCUCCUGGCCGCCAUGCUGUCGGACGAGGAUUUCGUGGGGCGGUUCCUUCUGGAAAGUUCCAGAAGGUUGGGCGAGCGGCACGGAAGGUUCGUGACCGGGCUGGACCGGGUCGGGAUCCGGUGCCUCGAGAGCUGUGCGGGUCUUUUCGUGUGGAUGGAUCUGAGGCAUCUGCUGAAGGAGGCGAGUUAUGAAGGCGAGUUGGCGCUUUGGCGCGUGAUUGUGAACGAGGUGAAGCUGAAUGUCUCGCCCGGGGUUUCGUUCCACUGCGUCGAACCGGGUUGGUUCCGGGUCUGUUUCGCGAAUAUGGAUGAGGGGACCAUGGAAGUCGCGCUGCAGAGGAUCCGCGCCUUUAUUCAAGGGAAGGCCGCUGCUGAGAAUAAUGUUGUUGUGGUUAUGAAGCCGCCGGGGAAGAAGCGGUGGCAGAAGGAUCUGAGGUUGAGCUUCAAGACGGUGCGGAGGUCGGAAGAGGGACACGUGUCGUCGCCGCAUUCUCCCAUGCCUCGUUCGCCGUUGCUGUGGGCGAGGAAUUGA